AGAACGAUUUCAGUGAUGCGAAGAACAGAUGUGCUGAAGCAGAUCAGCGGACUUGCAUUGUUUGUUCUUUAGGCAGACGCAGACAGGAGGAAUUACGGCAACUGACAUAGUAAAGAUGGAGAUUGAGGAAGAACCCUGCACAAUACAAGAGGACGAACCCUUCAUAAUAAAAGAGGAAGAGACAGAGGAACUAAUAGAUGAGGAUGGAUAUACAUUCAGUUCACACACUGAGCCAACGUUCAGACAGAAAAUGUCAGGAUGUUUCUGCUGCCCCGAGUGUGGAAAGUGUUAUAAAUAUAAAGACAGUCUUAGCAGACACAUGAAAGUUCACACUGGAGAAGGCCUGUUCACGUGUAUUUCAUGUGGGAAGAGUUACACCGAGAAAGGAGCGCUGGAAUCGCACAUGAGAUUUCACACUGGGGAAAAACCGUUCGCCUGCACUCUGUGCGGACAGAGUUACACGCGUAAAACAGACCUCAAGAGGCACAUGAGGAUUCACAGUGGGGAAAGACCCUAUAAAUGCCCUCAGUGUGAACAGAGCUUCACGUCUAAAAACGUUCUCAAGGAUCAUCUGAGCCGUCACAUUGGAGUGAAGGCGUUCAGCUGCGAUCAGUGCGAGAAGACAUUCGUCACGGCGUCAAACUUAAGAAAACACCUUAAAGUUCACACCGGGGAAAAGCCUCAUCUGUGUACUUUGUGCAAAAAGAGUUUUUCACGGCCGGAACACUUACAAGUUCACUUGUAUAUCCACACCGGAGUGAAACCGCAUGUGUGUUCAGACUGCGGGAAGUGCUUUAAAACGCCCAGCAACUUAAAAUCCCACCAGAAGACGCACAGCGGAGAGAAACCGUUCAAGUGUUCGCACUGUGAGAAGAGUUUCACUUUCCCAGGAAACCUGAAAUAUCAUGAGAGAGUUCACACUGGGGAAAAGCCCUAUAAGUGCUCCACUUGUGGAAAGAGUUUCGGGUUUUUGGCCAACGUACGAGCUCAUGAGAAAAAACAGCUGUGCAAAAAAGCCGAGAGUUCAACUCCAAGUGAGCAAAGCACUUCAAAGGAAGGCGAAAGUUCUGAAAAGUCUGAAAAAUCUCCCUGAAGAGAGACGAGGUCUUUAUCAUGAAGCUGUCUCUGAAUAAAUAUGGAUGUAGUCUUUGUAUUUAGUUCAGUUUAACACACUGAUCGUUUACAUCAGGAUGUUGUAAAUCAUAUUAAAAUAAUUAAACUGCGUUUAGAAAAUGUUCAAAAUUACUUGUUUAGGACGUCUUGAAACAAUACUCUGAGGGAAAAAAAGAUGAAUAAAACAAUAAUAAUAAUCUUUUUGUUUGUGUUUGUGAAACUCUCUAAGCAAUUUACAUUUAUUCCUUGCCGAUUCUGUAGUUUUCUUAAAUGCCUAGUUCAUUUUAAUAGUUUGUUUUUAUAUACACUCAUCGGCCACUUUAUUAGGUAUACCUGUCUAACUGCUUGUUAACGCAAAUUUCUAAUCAGCCAAUCACAUGGCAGGAGCUCAAUGCAUUUAGGCAUGUAGACAUGGUCAAGACGAUCUGCUGCAGUUCAAAGCGAGCAUCAGAAUGGGGAAGAAAGGGGACUUAAGUGACGUGGCAUGGUUUUUGAUGCCAGACGGGCUGCUCUGAGUAUUUCAGAAACUGCUGAUCUACUGGGAUUUUCACG